UGAAUUCUGAUCUAAUCUAACGUAAUCUAAUCAUCACAGCCUUGGGGUUAUUGGGUCUCUUUCUGUGAAGAAGAGUCUUGAGAUAUUCGUUGGUAUCAUUAAUGGGAGGAAAGUUUGUCAUGGUGUAUGGUUGUGACUUGUGAUCUCCUUUCUUUAGUUGAAGCUCCAUAGUUUGGGACAACCAAUCUCAUUUACCCACAUAAAUUAUUUACUAAAAAUUGUACCUUUUUGUUCUCUUUUUAACUGGGACAGGGUUAUCCCUUCAUAAUUCUGUGUCCUCAUUAUGAUCUCUAAAGUCUAAACUGCUUCAACCUUGGCCCUCACUGGAAAAAGCAGUGGAGUUUCCUGAAGUACCACAAGCAGACAAAGGAAGUCGUUACUGUAGAAAGGAGAAGUGAGAAAUUGAAUUGGAAGAAAGAAUGAGUAUUCUCUCACUCCACAAUACACAUGCACGUGUCUCUGCCUUUCCUUUACUCAUCAUUUGCUGCAAAUUAUAUUAGAGCCCUCUUUUUGUCCCAUUGUGACCAUUUCUCACUCCUGGUCUUUUCGGGCAGAUCUCCAUGAAUGAUUAUUCCUCCAUUGCUUGUUUACAGGCCAUGUUGUGCAUAUCUUAGUGUGUCUUUGGGGUUGUAGCUGAGUGGUAACUUACUUCUGUGGGUGAAUUUGCUGUUGAUGCAAUAAUAUUUGAAGAUAAGAUGGGAGAGACUGCUGCUUCCAAUGCUGCUUUGCAAGUUUCAGUUUCGUUUGGGAGAUUUGAGAAUGACUCCUUGUCUUGGGAGAGAUGGUCCUCCUUCUCUCCAAAUAAGUACUUGGAAGAGGUUGAGAAGUGUGCCACACCUGGAUCAGUAGCCCAGAAGAAAGCUUAUUUUGAAGCUCAUUACAAGAGGGUUGCUGCCCGAAAAGCUGAAUUGCUGGCUCAAGAGAAGCAAACGGAGAAAGAUUCUUUCGGAUCAGAAGAUCAAAAUGGUAUAGAUCUGAGUGGUGGCACUUGUGGGACUGCUGCAGAAUUUGAUAUGAGCAACAAUCAAGGUUCCAUUGAAGGGGUUAAGCAAGAAAUAAUAAGUUCUGUUGGUGAGAUCAGUGAGACCCCUGUGGAUAAUUUUAAGGAGAAAGUUGCAGUUUCAAGAGAUUACCAAAGUCCAUCAGUUGAGGUAGAGAACACGGAACUGGAAAGCAGAUCACAUAGUUCCCAUCAGAUAGAUGAACGUGAAGAAGAUGUCUACAUAAAACAAGAAGAAAGUCUCAAAAUUGAAGCUGAAGAUGUGAAGGAAAUUUCACACGUUGUGUACAAGGAGACAGGAAAGGCUUCAGAAGUUGAAGCAAAAGAUGUCGAAUUGGAUCAUCCAAACGAAUCUAAGGUUACCUCCGUGAAUAGGGAUAGCAAUGCAGCUAAGACAAAGAAGAAAUCAAUGCAACCUACAUCUAAGGCAUCCAAAAUUUCCACACCAAGAAGUUCAAAGCCUACAUCAACUCCAACCAAGACAUUUGCAUCUGCCUCUUCAACUAAAAAGGGAAAUUCUCCCUCUUUAUCUAGGAGGCAAAUUAUUUCCAGUGGGGAGAGCAGAAAAGUUGUUAACAAAUCUUUGCAUAUGUCCCUGAGCUUGGGUCCAUGUAAUCCUGAUCCAGCUCCUCAUGCUACAAUGAGGAAAUCUUUCAUUAUGGAGAAUAUGGGGGAUAAGGAUAUAGUCAAACGAGCAUUUAAGACAUUCCAGAACAAUUUCAACCAGCCAAAAACUUCUGAUGAAGACAGAUCUUUGGUAAAAAAGCAGGUUCCUUCAAGGGGGACAGUGCCAAAGGUUGCAACAACUACAGCUUUGAGGAAAGAAAAUGGACGGUCAACUAAGGUUGAGAAUAUGGAUAAAAGAAGUGGAAAUGCUGCACCAACUACUCUGGGCCCAAAAAGUGACAUUAGAGCAGAGAAAGGGAAAGAGUUUUCAAGAAAAAUAGAGGAAAAAUCUAAUGCAAAAGAGGUAGAGAGAAUGCGUCUUCAAUCAAAGUUGAAGGAGGAAAAAGAGGCAGAGAUGAAAAAACUAAAACAUAAUUUCAAGGCCACGCCCCUACCAGCUUUUUACCGUGGUCAAAAAGUAUCAAAAAGUCGUCCUGAAAAGGGUGAUGCUAAGCCUGAGAACCCUCGGUAGCCCCAAAAGUUGUGAAGGUAAAGCGAGAGGAGGAUACACCAGUGUGUCAGGUAGAUUUGUAUGUUCAGGGGAAAUGUUUAUGGAAACAACUCAACGCUAUGAUAUUCUCGUUUAGUUAGUAACAGGGGAGCAAUCUUCUAGUUAUAUAGGAGCUUAUGAACAUUGUGAGGAGUAGGAGGGAGGAGUAGGCAUCAUUUAUGGAUAAUAAAUUUCUUCCUCAUACCCCUCCUAGGCAAUAUAUAUGUUAGAAAAUAAUAUUGUAUAAUUUCUGUAAUGUAAAAAAUGCAUAUAUUUCUUGUAAUUGGUUGCAUCAUUAGUUCUUCUUCUCUAUCCAUUCCAU